AUGGUGGAGGCUUUCUGUGCUACCUGGAAGCUGACGGACAGCCAGAACUUUGACGAGUACAUGAAGGCUCUAGGUGUGGGGUUUGCCACUCGGCAGGUGGGGAAUGUGACAAAGCCAACCGUGAUCAUCAGUCAGGAGGGAGGCAAGGUGGUGAUCCGGACCCAAAGCACGUUCAAGAACACGGAAAUCAGUUUCCACCUGGGGGAAGAGUUUGAUGAAACCACUGCAGAUGACAGAAACUGUAAGUCUGUUGUUAGCCUGGAUGGAGACAAGCUCGUCCAUGUACAGAAAUGGGAUGGCAAAGAAACAAAUUUUGUAAGAGAAAUUAAGGAUGGCAAAAUGGUUAUGACUCUCACUUUUGGUGAAGUGGUUGCUGUUCGCCACUAUGAGAAGGCAUAG